GUGUAGAAAGUGCACUGCGUCUGUUGCGAUAUCGUAUUUGAAGAGAUGACAAGUCAAAGAUGAUAAGUUUAUAGACGCAUGAUCAGUUGCAAUUCAAAGUGGACAAAGUCCUAUAAAGUUUCGGGAAAUAGUACAAGGUGUAGUAGUCCUGCUAUUUAUUACUAUUUAUUACUGUUUUUAACGAAUAUCUCACAAGUGAACGAAAUAGUCAUGGCAACUCUAACAAAUUUGCCGCCGAUAGCGAGACUGUCCAACAAAGUAAUUAGAAUUUUAGGAUGUAAUCCCGGACCGAUGACGUUGCAAGGAACAAACACUUAUCUUGUAGGCACUGGUCGCAGACGUGUACUUGUUGACUCUGGAGAAGCUAAAACUGCUGAAGCUUACGUGAAGCUCUUGAAAAAUGUGUUGAAUGAAGAAAAUGCAACCAUUGAACAUCUGGUAAUCACUCACUGGCACAUUGAUCACAUUGGUGGCGUUGAGUCUGUACAGAACUUAGUGAAGAAACUAUUUCCUACUGAAAGAGAGCCGAUUGUAUGGAAAUUACCACGUUCGCUGAACGAUAAGAACUCAUCAGACGAUGAGAGGAACAUCAAGUGGGAACCUCUGAAGGACAAUCAAGUGGUGGAAGUUGAGGGAGCAAAGCUUCAAGUCAAGUAUACACCUGGACAUACCAGUGAUCAUGCCUGUCUGCUGAUGCAGGAUGACAACAUUCUGUUCAGCGGUGACUGCAUCCUUGGAGAAGGCACAUCUGUCUUCGAGGAUCUGCAUGAUUACAUGUUGUCAUUAGAAAGCAUCUUAAAGUUAAAACCAGAUCUAAUUUAUCCAGGCCAUGGACCAGUUCUGAACGAUCCCAUAACUCGCAUAGAGUAUUACAUCAAGCACAGACAGCAGAGAGAAAACGACAUACUGCGGAUGCUGGAUGACCAGGGAACUAACAAGCCGAAAACAGAGAUGGAUCUUGUUAAGCGGUUGUACAAAGAUACUCCGGAAAGCUUGCAUUUGGCUGCAGCAUAUACCGUGAAUCAUCACCUUCGCAAGUUACAAAAAGAGGGAAAAGUAUUUCAAGAAGAGGACGGCGGUUGGUGGAGAAUCAAAGGCAAGAUUUAAUGCAUGCAUUCUGUGUAGACAAUUAUUUAGAAUAAUUUAGUAGUAUUAAUUGCACGCGGAGAAACAUUAUUAUGAAACAUUUAUUAAACUCACAAGAGGAAAUCAUAAUUAUACAUCACGAAGUUUUCAAAAUUAGGCUGAUAGCUAUUAUCAUUGAUGUGCGUACAAUGAACAAGAGAGUACAUUUUCACGACAAUUUCACGAGGUACAUAUCGCAAGGUGUGGUACAUACACAAAUCAUCUUCCCUGUUUAGGCAGACCGUUAGUCACUUGCGUCCGACUACAAACACAGUUUAACGGUGAAUAUAAAAUAUAUAUAUGUAUAUGUAUGUUUGUAUAUAUGAUUAUAUAUACUUGGCUAUAGACAUGUCGCGACAAUAAAUGUUUCGUUAUAUUUUUUGUUAUAAAAUCUGUGUUUCUUUCUCUCUCUCUCUCAUUCUCUCUCACUGUUUUUCUACUAGCUAUGUUAUCUUGGCGAAUAUUAGCACCCCUCAUCUUGAACAAUGUGAGGAAAUUCCCCCUAAAAAACUUCGAUGUCGCGAUAUACAUUCACAGGAUAUCACUAAAGUACAAAUCAUUGAAAUAAAUAAAGAAUUGUGAUGAGAUUUGAGAAAUUAUCAACCUGAGAAGUAAUUCAAAUUUGAAUGACGUUCGAGAGUUUAAAACUCCGAAAUAUACAAAAAUUCUAUGAGAGGCACAAACCUUUUUUUUUAUUUUUUUAUUUUUUUUUAUCUAAUAGUUUAAGAGGAAGGCGUUCUUAAGGCUCUGAGAAUUUGAAAACUCAAAGACUCAGAAAUUCGGAGAAAUAUGGACAUUCGUUAAAGAUCCCGAAAAAUCUGAGAAUCUCAAAGUUUCCAAAAUCCAACGAUCUAUAUAAAAAAAUAUCAAAGUUAUAUAUUGACAAUUUUUUUGCAAUGCACUUUAGUUAUAUCCAAUAUAUAUAUAUAUAUAUAUAUAAUAAUUAUAUGGACAUAUAUCUUUAAUAAGCUCACUUUUGUUAUUUAAUUCACCUACUACUCUCUCUUUGGAUAAACGUAAAAAAUAUAUAUUUAUAUAUAUAUACUAUAUAUAUUUUGUCAACACAUACAACAAAAUUGUUUUCUC